AUGGCUGAGCACGGUGCUCGCCGACGCAUAGUGGGUGGAGGUCGACAACCUUUGCUCGGUGCUGUUCAAGAUGCGCUCGUUGAUCUGAUCUACGAGUAA